GAAUAAUAUUGUACUCUUUGACAGGACUAUAAGUAGCAAUGGCUUCCUCAGUCUUUUCAAGAGCUGCAUCAAUCCUCCCUUCAACAACAAUACGACGGCGUUUGCCUCUAGUCGGGGCGUUUUGCAUGAUAAGCUUAGGCCUCUCUAAUCUAUGCCCAACAAAUCUCUCUUCUUCUUCUCUCAAAACGGGUAGCGCUCAAUCUCUCCCCUUUAUUCCUCUCUUAAGAUCAAAGUUUGGCAGCAGCCAAGCAGCAGCAACACAAGCUACGAACAUCAGAAUGGAAGGGAAUUCCGACACCGUACCAAGUAUUGUUGUUUAUGUUACUGUCCCUAAUAGAGAAGCAGGAAAGAAAUUGGCUAACAGCAUAGUCAAAGAGAAGCUGGCAGCGUGUGUAAACAUAGUACCAGGUAUUGAAUCGGUGUAUCAAUGGCAGGGAGAGAUUCAGUCAGAUGCUGAGGAACUGUUGAUUAUCAAGACCAGGCAAUCCUUGCUGGAAGCACUAACAGAGCAUGUCAAAGCAAACCAUGAAUAUGAGCUAAAGAUGUUAAGAAACACAUGCAGUUUUAUGGGUGCGCAAGAAGAUUAAACUUUUUAUCCACUAGGCAUGUUGCUGCCAUGUCUCCUAGGAUUCUAUACGCUUGCAUUUGCUCAAGGCUCAGGAAGAACAUGAUGUUGGGAUGGCGGAAAUGAAUUUAGCAAAAGAAUAGCUUUUUUCAGUGAGAUUUAUUCUGCUUUUUAUUUCUGUUCUUUUACUCAGGGUACCAGAAGUAAUCUCCUUGCCCAUCACUGGUGGAAGCAUUCCAUACCUAAAAUGGCUCAAAGACAGCACAAGGGACUGACUCGUGUCAUCUGUACAAUCUGAGCAUAUAAAAUCUCAGUGCUUGGGACCGGCUAGCAUCACCAGUUGGGUUUGCACAUGUUGACGUUCUCCCCCCCCGUCAGUGGUUGGUUGCGUAUUGUAUUUAGCUGUAAUAAUUGGGACCUGUUAUUAUAUACCAAGGGUUCCCUUAAUGUUGUGUCGGCGACUUUGCAAGUAUGAUUAGCACGCAGUAUGUAUUUCAUGGGUGUUUGCUUGCUUUGUUAAACGAAGUCAUCUGCUGGUUUAUUUAGGUUGUAUUA